GGCGGCGGAGGAGCGAGAGCGACGCGCACCGGGGACGUGCAGUGGAGACGCGGGUGGGCUCUGUGCGGAGUGGCGGGCUCUGGGCAGCGCGGGCGCAGGCGCGGGCGCGGCGCGUCCUCCCGUCGGGCUGCGUCGGCCUCGCUCGGGACCCCGGCCGCGCCGGGGACAGGCGGACUGACUUACCUCGCUCUUCCCCGCCCCCGCCUCAUCCUCCCCAGGCUCCAGGGGCUCACCGGCCGAGGCGCUGCUCUCUCCCCGCCCCUCGCCUAGGCCCUUUUCUCUCGCCAGCACCUCGUUGCGCGGCGGCGGCGACCCUAGCAGCUGCGAGCGGCGGGAGCGGGAGGCCUGGAGGAUGAAGUGCAAGCCGAACCAGACGCGCACCUACGACCCGGAGGGCUUCAAGAAGCGGGCGGCGUGCCUGUGCUUCCGGAGCGAGCGCGAGGACGAGGUGCUGUUAGUGAGUAGCAGUCGGUACCCGGACCGCUGGAUCGUGCCGGGUGGGGGCAUGGAGCCCGAGGAGGAGCCAGGUGGUGCGGCGGUCCGCGAGGUGUACGAAGAGGCGGGAGUCAAAGGGAAGUUAGGCCGGCUCCUGGGCAUUUUCGAGCAGAGCCAAGAUCGCAAGCACAGAACGUACGUGUAUGUACUGACUGUCACUGAGAUUCUGGAGGACUGGGAAGAUUCAGUUAGCAUUGGGAGGAAGCGAGAGUGGUUCAAAAUCGAAGAUGCGAUCAAGGUUCUCCAGUGCCACAAGCCCGUGCAUGCCGAAUAUCUGGAAAAGCUAAAGCUGGGCGGUUCCCCAACCAAUGGAAACUCCGUGGCCCCGUCCCUGCCGGAGAGCGAGCCCUAGUAUGUACCGCUCCUGCACUGACUUCUGCUUUCCGCCUACCUUAGAAUAAAUAGUGCCCGGAGCACUUCUAGUGCCAUGUGCGGCCUCACCGGGAGGAGGGAGACUUCUUUUGUUUCCUUGGCAGACCUCUGAAUCACGCUUGAAAGCUGUCUCGGUUGCCAAGCACUGUUUUCAGAAGGUUUGCACGUUUUUCAGAUGCUUGCAAAUCGCUUCUUGGUGGCACGGGAACAUGAUUCCGUAAGCCUAAGCCACACGGGGUGUUCGUGAAAGGUGUCUUAAGUGCUCACCCAGCCCUCGGCGGGGGGCGGGGGUGUGUGCGUUUGCGCACGUGUGUACGCAGCGUGGCUUGGUUUUCUUACAUUGCACACGUGUGUGCGUGUGUGUGUGUGUGUGUGUGUGUGUGCGCGCGCGUGCGCGCACCCGCAUUUUUGGUACCAGCCUUGUGGUUUUGUAGUGAAGGCCUUCAAAAUCUAAUCACCUUGGUUGUGUGGCAUCUUUCAUUAAUUUUUUAAAAGUUGUUUUCUCAUUCACAGCUUUAGCCGUUGUCAACAAGCCCUUCUUGAGGGGAAUGAGCAGUUUUGAAGAUUUUUAAAUUUAAAUGUUACAUCUCGUGCUCUUUCUGCUCUGGACAGUAAUUUUAUCUCUAGACAUGUAAUCUAAUUUGCCCUUUCCAGAAAUUUAUUCCUAUGUAGGUGAUUGGAUUUUCAAAAGAUUUUCACAACUGAUAAUGUUUCACUGCUUACUUGAAGUGGCUCUAUCCCAUA